AUGGCUGUUUUAGAAACUAUAGAUACAAAAUAUCCCGGUUGCCCAUCAUACAAGUGUAGUGGCACCAUAAUCGGAUACCCUUUUUGGGUUAUACCGAAUCAAACCAACAACGGCCAGUUUUGCGGAUAUCAUGGUCUCGGAAUCAACUGCUCCGACCUAGAAGGAACAGAUCGUCCCACAAUUUAUUUGAAGAAUGAUUUGUAUCAUGUAAGAAACAUAACAAAUACAAGUAUAAUUCUUUCAUAUAACCAUUUUCCCGUCAACAACACUAUUCCUCUUGUUGAUCAGUGUCUGAAGGUGAACCGUACUAUUGAAUUGGAGAAUUUGCCUUUUAAUUUCUCAAACAAUAAUCUGAAUUUAAGUUUUCAUUUUAAUUGCUCUAGACCACCUCCCCCUGAUUACGCAACUCCUAUACCAUGUAUGAAUUCGGUUAGUAAUAGGUCGUACGUUAACGUUAUUCAUGACAAUUACGAAAGGUUUGAUGAUUGGGACUGUAAUGAGAUCGUAACGACUGUGUUCGAUUACGCGACUCUUUGGAAAACAACGUUGUCUUGGAGAGAUUAUGCGAGCGCUUUGAUAUAUGGAUUCGAGCUAAACGGGCAGAGGCCAGACGACGAGGAUUGUGAUAAAUGUGAAGAAUCGGAUGGGCGGUGUGGCUUCAGACAUGCCAAUAAUACCCGCCAGUUUCUGUGUUUUUGCUCCGAUGGUACCAUCACAACCAACAAUCACUGCAAAAAAGGGGAUAAAGUAGAUUGGAAACGCAAGCUUGCGAUAGCUUUAGGUUCUGUUGGAUUUGGGAUUAUCCUCAUGUGUGUGGUUUUUUAUUUCCUGAAACGACGAGAUAUGAAGAAACGUAAUUAUGGUUCAUCUUAUAUCUCACGGAAAAUAUCUUCAUAUGCAUCAUCAAUAACAGAUCCUGAGAAGAGUGAAACUUAUCAUGGUGUCCAACUUUUCAAGUACAGAGAGCUUGAGAAAGCUACAAACUAUUUCGAUUCUGCAAAUGAACUUGGAGAUGGUGGCUUUGGUACAGUCUACCAAGGCAAACUCAAAGAUGGACGUGUAGUAGCAGUAAAACGCUUAUACGAAAACAAUUACAAACGGGUAGAGCAAUUCAUGAAUGAAGUAGGAAUCCUUGCUCAUUUGCGCCACCAAAAUCUUGUAUCUCUCUAUGGUUGCACCACUCACCAUAGCCGUGAGCUUCUACUUGUAUAUGAGUACAUUCCUAAUGGCACGGUUGCUGACCAUCUUCAUGGAGAAAAGUCAAAACCGGGUUCCCUCACAUGGAACACAAGAAUGAGCAUUUCUAUAGAAACAGCAAGUGCAUUAGUCUACCUUCAUGCUUCAGAUGUUAUCCACAGAGAUGUAAAAACCAACAACAUCCUUUUAGACAAUAGUUUCACCGUGAAAGUUGCUGACUUUGGAUUAUCCCGACUAUUUCCAAAUAAUGUGACACACGUCUCUACUGCACCACAAGGUACCCCGGGGUAUGUGGACCCAGAGUAUCACGAAUGUUACCAGUUAACUAGUAAAAGCGACGUCUAUAGCUUUGGAGUUGUACUAAUCGAGCUUAUCUCAUCAAUGCCGGCUGUGGACAUCACUAGGCAUCGACAUGAAAUAAAUUUGUCAAAUAUGGCUUUAACCAAAAUUAGGAAUGAUGCACUCCAUGAGCUUGUUGACCCAAAUCUUGGAUUUGAAUCCGAUUAUGAUGUUAGAAAGAUGAUUACUGCAGUAGCGGAAUUGGCUUUUCUGUGUUUGCAAAAUGAUAGGGAUAGUAGACCUACAAUGGGUCAAGUAUUAAAGACACUUUUAGAAAUUCAAAAUGCAGGGCACAACAAGGUGAAGAAAGACGUGUUUGAAGGUAUAUGUGAGGAUACCGUGUUGUUGAAUGAUAAUUCUCAAACGUUGUCGCCGGAUUCUGUUGCGAUUGGUUGGAGCACCUCUACGAUGUCUUCUUCAAACGGGUGAUACGGAGGUUUAAUAAGUAACGUGUAUCUCUGAAUUCAAGUUUAUGGUAACAAUCUACUUAUGUUUGUAUUACAUUUUGAUGUUAUAUGAGCAGACGUGUAUAUAAAUAUAUAUCAUCCCUUUAGCGUUUAGUCAUUCA